CUUUCUCACGGAAUCUCUCUCUCUCGCAGAAUCCUUCUCUCUCUCUCGCAAAAUCCUUCUUUCUCUAGCAGAAUCUUACUCUCUUGUAGAAUCCUUCUUUCUCUAGCAGAAUCUUACUCUCUUGUAGAAUCUCUUUCUCUCUCGUGGCACCAAAAUGUACCUCGGUGUGUUGCUCACUGUAGCUCUGGUGUUAUCCACUGCUUCUGCCUCGCACUGCCCGACCGGAUACCAGUCCAUAUUAGGGAAGUGCAUCCAGGUGGUGAUCGCGGCCAGUUUUGGGGAAUUCCCGAUCAGGUGGGAGGUCGCGAGGUCAGGCUGCAAGGAGCGUGGCGGUGACCUCGUUUCCUUAAGCCCACCUGAGCUGCUCGAGCACGUCUCCAGGUACAUUGACGCCACGUAUCCAGGUCACAUUGCGAACGAUUACACCUUCUGGGUCGGAGGUCAAACUGUCGGGUCAGGAUGGCAGUGGCUUAAUGGCGACAAGCUGAGUGUCAAGUCCAAUUUGUGGGUGCCCAACCUCCCUCCCAAGAACUCAGACGCCACCUGGUACACCCUCUUGGUUCCUGCUGAUCCCACGACGCCCAGGAGGUACCUCAACGUAGGUGGUCCUUCUAGUCAGUCCCCUGCUUACAUCUGCCAGGCCUAAAGGAGGUGAGGGGGUGAAGCAGAGGCAAGCAGAGGUAAAUAGAGGUAAGCAGAGG